AUGAUAAGAGGAGCUGAAGACUUGGACCUCUUGCACCAUCAGCUGAAAGCUUGUAAAAUGGAAAAUGAGCAGCUAUUGAGCUUAAUCUCUAAGCAAAAUGCUGAAAUUAUAGACCAGAGAAACACAUUGUCACAAUUAAGUGAAUUAAGAGUUCUUGAACUAGAAGGAAAGUCUCUGGAAUCUGUGAAGGAAGAGGCACUUUUACUGCAAAAUCAAUUGCAAGCUGAAAGGUUAAGAUUCAAGAGCAUGAGAGACUUUCUUCACAGGCUGCAAAUAAAUACUGAAAAUGUUGUGAAAGAAGCAGCACAGGCAGCAGUUAGUGAUGAUAGGCUUAAAAGAAUGGGAGAAGUUCAUUUGUUAGAAAAUCAGUAUAAAGCACAGAAGAUGGAAAGUGAAAAGUUAUGGAGGCUUAUUGCUAGCUUCAAAUCUGAUAUUGAAAAACUGAGGACUGUAUUGCCAGAUAACAUUAGUGAAGUAUCAACCACAAUUUGUGAACAUGGUAGUACUUCAGAGGAAAUGCAAAAUUUGUGCAAUGAACUGAUUGCAGCUAAAGAAGAAAAUAGGAGACUUCAAGACAUUGUGGAUAAUCUCAGAAGAGGCAUUGACACAAUGCAGCAUAAACUAAUAGAAAUAAAUAUUGAAAAUGAUCAUAUUCUGAUGCAGAAUCAGAGGAGUUCACCCAUUCUCUCUUCUGGAAGGCAUGAAAAUGAACAGCUAAAAGUUGAAGCGGAUGACUUGACGUCUAGAUUGACAAAAUUUGUGACAGAUUAUCCAGAACAAAGCAAGCUAUCUGCUGACACAGAUAGUAUUAAGGAACUGACUAAAGAAGUCAGAUGCCUCCAUGAGAAAUUAAUAGUAAAUAUAACAAACUGCACUGUUGAAACCAUCAAGGAAGAAAAUUUAAGAUUACAGAAACUUCUAACGCAAAGAGAGUCAGAAAUUGCAGCACUUAGGGAACAUACAUCGGAAGAGGAUAAGAAAUGCACAUUAUGCACAUGUUGUGCUGCUAAUGAGAAAAUGUUGACGAAAUUAGAUGAACUAGAAGCUCAUUUAAUGCCUUUGAUGUCAGAUAUAUACAAUUUGAGACAGAAAACAUCUGCAAAAGGACCACCAACUCAUUUCGAAAUCCCUAUAGAGGUAAUUAGUGCAUCCAGAAAGAUAGAUGUAGUUCAAAGUAUUGACUCUUUAGAUGAUGAAUCAGGUACAAAGAAACUUUUAAGUCAUCUUGCAGCUGAAAAUGAAUUACUAAAGAAACACCUCGAAAGAAGGACUACAUAUACCCCUGAAAUAAUGCAUCAGCUGCAAGAAGAAAAAGAGUUACUCGAAAAACAACUUAAAUCUACAACCCAAAUUAGGCAAAGUAUCGCCAAGAAAUCAAUCAGAUUUGCAGAGAAACCUGUGGACAUAAUUCAAAUACCACAGCAACAAAGUGUUGAUAUACCACAUAUUGCUGAAGUAGCUCAAAAGAGUUUUGGAACACCCAUUGCAGAUGAUGAAGAGGAAAGGAUGAUUAAUGAACUGACAAAUGUAAUUGAAUUGUUGAAAAAACAGCUUAAUGAUGCAAAUAAAACAAUGAGUCAGCUACAAGAAGAAAAUGAAUUACUCAAAAAUCAGCCUGCUACUGCAGAAGUAGAUAAUGAAAGGAUUUUUAAUGAAUUGAGAAAUCACACUGAAUCAUUGCAAAAGCAGCUUAGAGAUGCAACUGAAACAAUGUUUCAGCUACGAGAAGAGAAUGAAUUGCUCAAAAAACGACGAAAAACAACCAGAAUAAUGGAAAGUGUUCCAGUAGAAAUAAUCAAAUAUGUAGAGAAACCUGUGGAAGGAAUUAAAGCAUCACAGCAACCAUCUAUUGAUAUAGCACAUAUUGUCGAAGUAGCUCAAAAGAGUGUUGGAACAUCCAUUGCAGAAGAUGAAGAGGAAAGGAUGAUUGAUGAACUGACAAAUGUAAUUGAAUUGUUGAAAAAACAGCUUAAUGAUGCAAAUAAAACAAUGAGUCAGCUACAAGAAGAAAAUGAAUUACUCAAAAAUCAGCCUGCUACUGCAGAAGUAGACAAUGAAAGGAUUUUUAAUGAAUUGAGAAAUCACACUGAAUCAUUGCAAAAGCAGCUUAGUGAUGCAACUGAAACAAUGGUUCAGCUACGAGAAGAGAAUGAAUUACUCAAAAAACGACGAAAAACAACCAGAAUAAUGGAAAGUGUUCCAGUAGAAAUAAUCAAAUAUGUAGAGAAACCUGUGGAAGUAAUUAAAGAAUCACAGCAACCAACUAUUGAUAUAGCACAUAUUGUUGAAGUAGCUCAAAAGAGUGUUGGAACAUCCAUUGCAGAAGAUGAAGAUGAAAUGAUGAUUAAUGAACUGACAAAUGUAAUUGAAUUGUUGAAAAAGCAGCUUAAUGAUGCAACUAAAACAAUGAGUCAGCUACAAGAAGAAAAUGAAUUACUCAAAAAUCAGCCUGCUACUGCAGAAGUAGACAAUGAAAGGAUUUUGAAUGAAUUGAAAAAUCACACUGAAUCAUUGCAAAAGCAGCUUAGUGAUGCAACUGAAACAAUGGUUCAGCUACGAGAAGAGAAUGAAUUACUCAAAAAACGACGAAAAACAACCAGAAUAAUGGAAGUAGCUCAAAAAAGUGUUGGAACAUCCAUUGCAGAAGGUGAUGAUGAAAGGAUCAUUAAUGAACUGACAAAUGUAAUUGAAUUGUUGAAAAAUGAACUUAGUGAUGCAACUAAAACAAUGACACAACUACAAGAAGAAAAUGAAUUACUCAAAAAUCAGCCUGCUAUUGCAGAAGUGGACAAUGAAAGGAUUUUGAAUGAAUUGAGAACUCGCACUGACUCAUUGCAAAAGCAGCUUAGUGAUGCAACUGAAACAAUGGUUCAUCUACGAGAAGAGAAUGAAUUACUCAAAAAACGACGAAAAACAACCCAAAUAAUGGAAGUAGCUCAAAAAAGUGUUGGAACAUCCAUUGCAGAAGGUGAUGAUGAAAGAAUCAUUAAUGAACUGACAAAUGUAAUUGAAUUGUUGAAAAAUGAGCUUAGUGAUGCAACUAAAACAAUGAGUCAACUACAAGAAGAAAAUGAAUUACUCAAAAAUCAGCCUGCUAUUGCAGAAGUGGACAACGAAAGGAUUUUGAAUGAAGUGAGAAUUCGCACUGACUCAUUGCAAAAGCAGCUUAGUGUUGCAACUGAAACAAUGGUUCAUCUACGAGAAGAGAAUGAAUUACUCAAAAAACGACGAAAAACAACCCGAAUAAUGGAAGUAGCUCAAAAGAGUGUUGGAACAUCCAUUGCAGAAGAUGAUGAUGAUAGAAUCAUUAAUGAACUGACAAAUGUAAUUGAAUUGUUGAAAAAUGAGCUUAGUGAUGCAACUAAAACAAUGAGUCAACUACAAGAAGAAAAUGAAUUACUCAAAAAUCAGCCUGCUAUUGCAGAAGUGGACAAUGAAAGGAUUUUGAAUGAAGUGAGAAUUCGCACUGACUCAUUGCAAAAGCAGCUUAGUGUUGCAACUGAAACAAUGGUUCAUCUACGAGAAGAGAAUGAAUUACUCAAAAAACGACGAAAAACAACCCGAAUAAUGGAAGUAGCUCAAAAGAGUGUUGGAACAUCCAUUGCAGAAGGUGAUGAUGAUAGAAUCAUUAAUGAACUGACAAAUGUAAUUGAAUUGUUGAAAAAUGAGCUUAGUGAUGCAACUAAAACAAUGAGUCAACUACAAGAAGAAAAUGAAUUACUCAAAAAUCAGCCUGCUAUUGCAGAAGUGGACAAUGAAAGGAUUUUGAAGGAAGUGAGAACUCGCACUGACUCAUUGCAAAAGCAGCUUAGUGUUGCAACUGAAACAAUGGUUCAUCUACGAGAAGAGAAUGAAUUACUCAAAAAACGACGAAAAACAACCCGAAUAAUGGAAGUAGCUCAAAAGAGUGUUGGAACAUCCAUUGCAGAAGGUGAUGAUGAUAGAAUCAUUAAUGAACUGACAAAUGUAAUUGAAUUGUUGAAAAAUGAGCUUAGUGAUGCAACUAAAACAAUGAGUCAGCUACAAGAAGAAAAUGAAUUACUCAAAAAUCAGCCUGCUAUUGCAGAAGUGGACAAUGAAAGGAUUUUGAAGGAAUUGAGAACUCGCACUGAAUCAUUGCAAAAGCAGCUUAGUGAUGCAACUGAAACAAUGGUUCAGCUACGAGAAGAGAAUGAAUUACUCAAAAAACGACGAAAAACAACCAGAAUAAUGGAAAGUGUUCCAGUAGAAAUAAUCAAAUACGUAGAGAAACCUGUUGAAGUAAUUAAAGCACCACAGCAACAAACUGUUGAUAUAGCACAUAUUGCUGAAGUAGCUCAAAAGAGUGUUGGAUCAUCCAUUGCAGAAGGUGAUGAUGAAAAGAUCAUUAAUGAACUGACAAAUGUAAUUGAAGUGCUGAAAAAUGAGCUUAGUGAUGCAACUAAAACAAUGAGUCAGUUACAAGAAGAAAAUGAAUUACUCAAAAAUCAGCCUGCUAUUGCAGAAGUGGACAAUGAAAGGAUUUUGAAGGAAUUGAGAACUCGCACUGAAUCAUUGCAAAAGCAGCUUAGUGAUGCAACUGAAACAAUGGUUCAGCUACGAGAAGAGAAUGAAUUACUCAAAAAACGACGAAAAACAACCAGAAUAAUGGAAAGUGUUCCAGUAGAAAUAAUCAAAUACGUAGAGAAACCUGUUGAAGUAAUUAAAGCACCACAGCAACAAACUGUUGAUGUAGCACAUAUUGCUGAAGUAGCUCAAAAGAGUGUUGGAUCAUCCAUUGCAGAAGGUGAUGAUGAAAAGAUCAUUAAUGAACUGACAAAUGUAAUUGAAGUGCUGAAAAAUGAGCUUAGUGAUGCAACUAAAACAAUGAGUCAGUUACAAGAAGAAAAUGAAUUACUCAAAAAUCAGCCUGCUAUUGCAGAAGUGGACAAUGAAAGGAUUUUGAAGGAAUUCAGAACUCGCACUGAAUCAUUGCGAAAGCAGCUUAGUGAUGCAACUGAAUCAUUGCAAAAGCAGCUUAGUGAUGCAACUGAAGCAAUGAUGCAGCUACAAGAAGAGAAUGAAUUACUCAAAAAACGACGAAAAACAACCAGAAUAAUGGAAAGUGUUCCAGUAGAAACAAUCAAAUAUGUAGAGAAACCUGUGGAAGUAAUUAAAGCACCACAGCAACAGAGUCUGGAAAUACCACAUGUUGCUGAAGUAGCACCAGAUGUAGACACUGGAAGGAUCUUUAAUGAACAGAGAAAUCAGAUUGAAUCAUUGGAAAAGCAGCUUAGUGAUGCAAUUGAAAGAAUGAGUCACCUACAAGAAGAGAAUGAAUUACUCAAAAAACAAUUAGAUACAACACAAAUUAAGGAAAGUGUUCCUAAAGAAAUCAUCAAAUAUGUAGAGAAACCUGUGGAAGUAAUUAAAGCACCGCAGCAACAAAAUGUUGAAAUACAAGGUAUUUCUAAAGUGGAACAACUGACUGGUGGAACAUCUACUGCAGAAGCAGAAAGUGAAAGCACUCUUGAUGAACUGAGAAGUCAAAUUGAGUCAUUGCAAAAGCAGCUUAGUGAUGCAAAUAACAUGAUUAAAAGUCUUGAAAGUACCCUUAAUGAACUGAGAAACGAAAAUGAAUCAUUGAAAAAUCAGUUAAGUAGUUCGAAUGCCAAGGUACUAGAGCUUGAGGAUAUAAUUAGAAAGCUUACAGAUGGAAAUGAUGCUCUUAAAUCAAUGCAAAUUAAAGAUGAAAUAUCAGCAUCAGUAAAACAAAUUCCUGCUGACAAAAUCAUGGAGACUGUUCCACAGGUAUUGGCAGCUUCAGAACCAUCCUCUGUAGAGCCUGAAAGUGGAAUGGUCAUCAGACAGCUCAAAACAGAGAAUGAGUCAUUGAGGAAAGAUCUUGAGGAUGCAAGAAAGGCCUUACAUACGACAAGUGAUGAUGAAAGUGAAUAUGAGAAAACUAUUACUGAGCUCAGAACUGAAAAUGAGCGACUACUACAAGAAAUCGAAGAGGUUGAAGAUCUAAAAACGGCUCAUGCUAGACGAUCUACUGUAGGCACUAUUAGUGAUAAAGCAUUUGAACAAUUAAUGAAAGAUAAUGAAGCAUUGAGACAAAGGCUUGAAAAUGCAAGAGCGAGCAUAGGCCUGCAGCCCACAAGUGUAACACAUGAAGCAGAUGUUGUUCAACUAAGAAUAGACAAUGAAAUAUUGAGAAAACAGCUUGAAGAUGCACGAAAAUUGGCACAGAGUAGUCAAGAACAAGUUUUGUCUGCUGAAACUGAUGACACACAAAUUAUCGAUCAGUUAAGGGAAGAGAAUGAAUUUUUGAAGAGGAGGCUUGAGUCCUUAACUGAUAUUACAAGCAGCAGUGCAAAAGAAGUUGUGAAGUACGUGGAAAAACCUGUGGAAAUAAUUAAAACAGACAUAGAUAGUGAAAAAAUUAUUAAUGAACUAAGAAAUCAGAAUGAGUCACUACAAAAUGAACUUAAAGAUGCAAAUACCGUUAGAAGGGAACUUGAAGAGGAAGUCAGGAAGUUCAAAGAUGGAAAACAGACACCAUUACUCCAAACAGAGCAAAUUGCAUCAUUUGAUGAAAAAAGCAGAGAGAAAGAGAUGAGUCAGCUUAUGGAAGAUAACAAGUUAUUGAACAAACAACUUCUUGAUGCAACAAGUACAAUUGAAGAACUUACAGUGAAUGUCACUAAUCUCAAAGAUGAAAUCCAGAGACUUCAAUCUCGAAAAAUAUCUGAUCUGCCAUCGGUAGUAGAGGACCAUACCCAAGAAUUUCAGAAACUGGAGGCUGAACUACAAGCUCUCAGAGAUGAAAACAGACGUCUGCAUAGAGACAAUGAAAAGCUUACAUUAGAAGUAGAGAAUCUGACAGAAGAGCAAAUCCCAUCUGCAGUUGCACUGUGGAAAACUGAAGAGAAACAACUGGAAACAGUUGUAGAUGAGCAAAAGCGGCGCAUUACUACUCUACUUUCAAAAAUGGGCAAGAAAGAACAUCCAGGAGAGGUCGCUGCCUGGACACGUGAGAGGGAACAUCUCCUAGAUACAAUUAGGCAGCUGACAAAAGAAGCAAAAGAAGCAAAAGAGGCAUAUGAAGAGAAAGAAGAAAUGGAAGAUGUAAGUUUUGCCAUCCUCUUUUCAUUCAGAUUAAGAUUCAGAUUCUUUAUUAGUCAUUCAGCAUUAUUACAUGCAAUAGACUUCGUCAGUUCACUUAACCUAUUAAUUUUACAAAAUAAAUUUUUACAUAUUUAA